AAAAUAAAUUAGCGUAUUGUAAUAGUGAGUUAAUUUAUAAUACAUGUAUUGGACUUGCAUUUAAAAAACUAUGUCAUACAGAGAUUUAUUUAAGUUCACUGAAUCCAUGAGAUCAUUGGGGUUCCAUCAACAAAUAUCUAUGGAUAGUUUCCAUAGCCCAAAUUUCGCUUUAGUGUCUGAAGUUUUACUUUGGUUAGCUUUACGUUUCGAACCAGAUAUUAAUUUACCACAUGAAAUUGAAACUUCUGAACAAAGAGUAUACUUUAUUCGUUCAAUAGUGGAAUUUUUUGUUCUUAAAACUAACAUUAAAUUAAAUGUAAAAAAAAUAUAUCAAGCUGAUCGAAAUGCAGUUGGCGAAUUAUUAAAAAUAACAGAUUUACUUAAUGAUGCAUUAAACGCCAAAAUAGCAUAUGAAAAUGAAAGUGUUUCCAAAUUAGAUAUUAACUUAACUUAUAAAGCAAACGAACUAAAAACGACCAGAGAAUUAGCAUCAAAAAUUACUCAAAAAGGUGCUACUUUAUUUCGUUCUCUAGAAGAAGAAUCAGAACUACGACCAAUCAGAGAUAAUCGAGUAAAUGGUGCUUUAGACAUAAAUGAAGUUGAACAAAGCCUUAAAACAUUAAUCGAGAAAACAAAAAGAGAAACAAGCCAUAUAAAAGAUUUGAUAAAAAAUGUAUCAGCGACCGAAGCAAAUCUUGACGCAAAAAUUGCAAAAAGAAGAGAAGAUUUAGAAAGAAAUUCAAAGAGACUUAAUACAUUAAAACAAGUUAGGCCAGCAUUCUUAGAGGAAUUUGAGGAUCUUGAAUCUGAACUCAGAAAUUUAUACCAAGAGUAUAUUACAAGGCAAAGAUGCAUUAGUUAUUUAGAACAUCAACAGGAACAGGUUGCUCAAGCAGAACUAAUGCAUAUGCAAGAACAACAAGAGAUGACAAAGAAAAUAAUUGAGAAUAAUAAACAAGAUGAUGAUUUAAAACUAUUGGAAGGAGUUAAUAACGAAUCAUUUAAUAAUCAAUUUUUGGAAAAUACGCCAGAUAUAAGUAUUAAAGGAAGAGUAAGUAGUGCAGCUACAAGUAGAAAUCGAAGCAUGUUUGACCAUUUAACAGACAGUGAAACAGAUUCUGAUUUAAUGUUGGAUGAUGAAGAUUCAAAUAUAAUGGCAUCUGAUGGAGAACUAUCAACUUCAAAAGCUGAAAAACUAGGAAGCAUUCAUAGUGAUAGUGAUAAUUGAUAAAAUACAUUUUUAUACACAAAAUAAUAUAUUUUAUUAUUUUAAAAUUUAAAA